AAGGACUGCAUCGUCCAGCUGUGCACCUCGCGGCCAGACCGGCCAAUGGCUUUCCUCAAAGAAAACUUUGACAGACUGGAAAAGCUGAUAUAUCAGAGCCGACUCCUGAGAGCAGACGUAUCUGAACCUGUCAGGGAGGAACCAUGGCUACCAUCUCUGAACCGGACCCUGGACUCUCUGAGGAACCUGGGGACACGUCUUUGGACCGGAGGGAGCGCAGGAAGAGAAGAUUUGCUGGUAGAGCAAAGAAGAAGGCUAAGUCCAGACGCCGUGGAAGCCGUCAGAGAGUAACAAUGGUCACUGAGGACACGUCUUUGGACCGGGAGGAGACCAGGAAGAGAAGAUUUGCUCUAUGGUUUCACAUCACUGUCAUCGUGAGCAUCGGACUGCUGAGUAUUCUCCUCAUCUCCCUGCGCUUCAACUCACCGUCACCCUGGAUAGAGGGGAGAGAGAACUUACUGGAUGAACUCGAUGAAUUGACACUUCAGGGCUGGAUGCUUCACGACAAGAGUCUCUACCGUGUUUCUACUACUAAGAAGGGCUGGAGGGCCAGUAGAGAAGACUGCCAGAAGAGAAAGGCAGACCUGGUGGUCAUCAACAGCAGAGAAGAACUGGCGUUUGUCAGCAGAAUGGUGGGUUCUUCCUGGAUUGGACUGAGUGAUCGAGAGAAGGAGGGGACCCACAAGUGGGUGGAUGGUACCCCCAUGACCUCAAGUUGGAGACACGUUAAACCACGCGAUGACGGCGGAGCAAGAGACUGUGUCGUAGCAGGGGAGGACGGCUGGUCUGAAGAGCCGUGUAACAGACUGCACCACUGGAUCUGUGAGAAGGUCCUAGACCUGGAUCAUCUGGAGGCUGAGCGGAACAAAGAGGGUUCAGUGAUGCCCACGGAGGAGGAGGAGGCCCCCAGCAUCACAGAGUUCCACUCCUCUACCCACGUGUUGCCCGUGGGCCAAACGGCCCGCUACACCUGCCACGCCGGCGGCACGCCGGAGCCCACAGUAGAGUGGCUCCACAACGGCAGGCCCCUGGAGAGGGACGGCACAGACGACCAAUCAGAGGCCUGGGUGGAGAGGGGCUUCCUCUUCGUCAGAGGUGGGAGGUACGGCGUGAACACGGUCUGCUGCAUGGCGAGCAACAGUGCUGGCACGGCCAAUCACAGCGCUGAG